AAAUAGCAGGAUUACAGAUCAUAAGGGCAAGGGCAGGCUAGGAAGGAAACCCAGGUGGGACAAGGAUUUUUGGAGAGAGGUCAGAGGGCACGAAGUUGUGCCUGCAGCCGUUACCAUAGUAACCAGGGUCCGGAUGUGGCGAUCUUAAGGUGCGACAGCUCUCUCAGGCCUUCUGGCCCGAGAGCCUGUCGACUCUAUGGCACACAGUGAGCAGCCAGUCGUGGGUUCUUUGCGAGGGGAGAAGAGAGGAAUUUUUAAAAGAAUUUAGAGGAACGCAAUAAAAAGUAGCCUUGAGACUGCUUCUGUGCCUGGCAGAGACCGAGGGAGGCGUUUUAUGAUAGAAUUUGACGCACAAAUCUCCCCGGAGCUUUCCGGAAGUUAAAUGGCGGGAGCAUCAGCCUCUCCAUGCACUCACCGGAAGCGGAAAUAGAAUCCCCGCGUGCCCCUUCCUCACUGCCCUCCAAAUCCCGCUGCAGCCAUUGCCGCAAUCACGAUGCCCAAACGAAAGAAGCAGAAUCAGCAGCAGCCACCGCCACUGCAGCAGCCCCCGCUGCCAGAGCGGGAGGAGACGGGAGACGAGGAGGAUGGGAGUCCCAUCGGACCACCCAGCCUUCUAGGCCCUCCCCCCAUGGCCAAUGGAAAGCCUGGUGACCCCAAGUCAGCCCCAAACUGGAAUCCACCCACAUGUCCACCAUCAGUAGAAUGGAUAAAUAAGUUGUUGUGUGUGCAUGCAAUGGGAUACUACACUGCAAUGAAAAUGAACGAACUCCUGCUACAGGCAACCUGGAUGAAUCUCACAAACACGAUGUUGAGCGAAAGGAGCCAGACAGAAAAGAAUGCAGACUCUCUUCACAGAGGUCCUCCAGGAUCAAGAGGACCAAUGAUUCCACCACUGCUGAGUCUCCCACCGCCUCCCCGGGGUAGAGGCCCAAUUCGGGGAGGCCUAGGCCCCAGAUGUGGCCCAUAUGGUCGUGGUUGGUGGGGGGCCAAUACUGAACCUCCUUUUCCUGGACCAGGCCAUGGGGGUCCUUCCAGGGGAGGCUUUCACAAAGAGCAGAGAAAUCCUCGAAGGCUGAAAAGUUGGUCUCUUAUCAAAAAUACCUGCCCGCCGAAGGAUGGCCCUCAAGUUAUGGAAGACAAAUCCAACCGCCCCGUUUGCCGACACUUUGCCAAAAAGGGCCACUGUCGAUAUGAAGACCUCUGUGCCUUCUACCACCCAGGCGUCAAUGGACCUCCUCUGUGAGACUGUGCCUUCCUAUCCAGGCUGGAAGGAGCCCACUGACCUAGUGGCCAUAUAUUUCCCUGUGGCCCUGUGAUGGCUACUGUGAGGCUGUUCUACCCACCACCCUCAGUCAGUGACACCCACCCGUAUCCACAGCCUUCCAGUUUGGGGUCCAGAGCUGUGUUUCAUCACUGGUGCCCAGUAUGUGGGCUUUCUUCUGAUCCAGCCUCCAGAGACUCGUCUUCAGGACCCCAUCUUUGCUCCCUUCAACUGCCUCCUGGAUCCUCUUCCCCAUCGCCAACUGACUGCUGAACAGGAAACCUCUUUGGUGCUGUUUCUUGUGCAUCUGUCCACCUCGCCCCUGGUACUGCCUUCGAUUCCUGAGAGCCCUGGAGCAGUUUCCUACCAUUCCCUUCUUCUGGCUGCUUGUUUUAAGUCCUUUUUAUGCGACAGCCCCUACCCCCAAAGUUGCCAGUUGCUCUGUGAAACUGAGCAGGUCAACCAGGUUGACCUGGGGUCAAAUAUGGACGACUGGUACAGAGUUACUCCCUGAAAGGCCACUCUCCCUGCUUUUGGAUUUUGUAGUUUCUUCGUCAGUAGCAUGAUCCCCACCGCUCUGGUCUGUGAUCACUGUGCUUUGUGAAACUGUGCAUCCCCUCCUACGUAGCCUUUCUCAGUGUCCGUGGCAUCUUUGUGACUUCCCAACACUAGAGUAAGUUUUUCUGCCAAAAUGAGUGAGGCUCUUGGUGCCCUCUAGACUUUCCACACCUCCCAACAUGGGAGAAUUUGAAACUUUUCCACAAGACUGCCUCUCUAGUCUCCCCAUUCUCCUGGUGUUGGUUUUUCUGGGUUUGACAUAAGCCCAUGAGAUGUCCUCUGAAGCCUCUGAUGGGCUACCCUAUUUCCUCUCCAGCCCACUUUAGUUAGAGUACGUCAUUGUGAGGCCACCAGCCCUUUUGUCUGAAUUCUGUGAAUCUCUACCCGGCCUACCUUUGGGUGGAACCUGGACAGUACUGUCGCCCUCAUCUAACCUUCUUCCCUACCUCCCUGGUACUGGUUGUUUUCUGUGAAAACGGCAGUGAACAGGUUUGGUUUUGAACUGGCCCAGAAGAAAUGGGUCAGGAGUUGUGUGGGCAAGAGGGAAGGAUGAGAGCCAUUGGAGAACUGAGAAUGAAUUUUUUUUUUCUUUUUAACAUUUUUUAUAUUAGUAAUAAAUGCAGUGGAAACAAGCGUUUUCUUCAA